AUGCGCAUUGCGCCGCUGUUCCAUGGCUUUCCCCAUACCCCAGACGAGAUCCACCCCGGGUUUGCGUUACGACUUGACCUCAGCUGGCAUUCACAUGCUUACGCCGACAGACUUGCGACAGGCGACCGCCAUGGCCCACCAAUCCUCCGCCGCAUAUCCGCCCUCCUCUCCAAGAAACUCACCGUCUGGCAAUCCGUCCUCAUAACUCUCCUCUACCUCUACGUUGCCCGCAACUUCGGCAAGCUUGUGGGCCUCGAGUGCCCAGAGCCCCUUGCGAGCCUCUACUCGCGCUCCUACUUCCGCGCUACAUGGGUCACGACUGCGCUGGACGCAGGCUUCUGGUCUGCUAUGCGGAUUAAGCGCAAGGGCGUCAGGGAUCUGUUGUCUAUCGUCUUCAGCAUAUACUACCUGAUAUGUGCCGAGCAAGCCGACGAGAAAGUCCGCAAGAUUAGAGCGACGCUUACCGUCGACCAUUUGCGCGUCGCUUGGAAUAAAGGCACCACGCCGUAUCUGGGCGCGCUGACGAGCAUGAUGCGACCCAGGCUGAUGGUCUAUCCGCCGCGCCAGAUUCGCAUACCGCGACCCAAGGCUAGUUCGUACAAGGAACCCGUGACCGGCUGGCUGUACUUCAACGGGCCGCGGAGCGCAUUGAAGAAGCAGGACAAGGUCGUCUUGGACAUACCUGGAGGUGGUUUCGUGGCCAUGAACCCGAGGAAUCAUGAUGAUAAGCUCAUGGGCUGGGCUGGCAAGACGGGCCUGCCUGUCCUUAGUCUGGAUUACAAGAAGGCUCCUGAGCACCCGUAUCCGUAUGCGCUCAACGAAUGUUACGACGUCUACCACAUGAUUAUCGCAUCGAGAGGAACGUGCAUGGGUCUAUCGGGAGAAGUAGAGCCCAAGGUCGUUGUCUCGGGCGAUUCGGCUGGGGGUAACUUGGUUACUGCUAUGGUGCUCAUGAUAUUGCAAAGUGGCUCGACUGAGACGCGAAGGUGGCAGGGUGAAUAUGCGAUCCCGCCUCCAAUCGGCGUAGUCUUGAUCUACCCUGCGCUGGACAUGAACAUUGGCAACUGGAUGACCGACGAGCAAAUGGCGCUUAUCCGCGACCGGCGAGUGAGGAAGACGAACCGACCCAUCUUACGGCAUAAGAGCGAUGAUUACAGACAACUUGCGCCCAACACACCAUAUGGCUCUGAUGAUUCGGAUGGUGACGACGAAGAUGAGCGCAACAGAGUCAGCACGACCAAUGCAUCUAUGCCAAAGACCAAUGGUCUCAGGACGUCUCCCCAGACAAUGAUCAACCUCUCCGCCGCACACACCAACCAAGACAGCACCUCUCUCCCCCGCCUCGACACUAACACCAGCACCCUCAACCAAACUCCCGGCCAAACAACUCCUGCCAAUUCAAGUUUACCGCCCACACCGGCCGCGACACAGCCCUCUACACCUGGUCCAACAGUCCCAGCACCCUCAGCCACAGCCAUUAAAACUCGCCUCGCAAUGUCUUCCAUGAUAUCCUACUUCAACGACCGCAUCCUCACCCCCGAAAUGAUGCGCGCAAUGAUAAUUCUCUACAUUGGCCCGCACCACCGCCCAGAUUUCUCAACCGACUACCUCCUCUCUCCUUUACUCGCCCCGGAGUCCCUACUAGCAAGGUUCCCACGCACAUGGAUGUUGACGGGUGAGCGCGAUCCGCUCGUAGAUGAUACGGUUAUCUUCGCAGGCAGGCUGCGGCAAGCGAAGCGUGCCGAGUGGGUUGCGGCGAAGGAGUUGGGACUAGACUGGGCGAGAGGUGAGUUUAGAGAGGGGGAGUGGGUCAAUGUGGACUUGGUGCCGGGAAUCAGUCAUGGAUUCUUGCAGUUUGUAGGGGUUUUUCCAGAAGGGUGGAAGUACAUCUUCAGGUGUGGCAAAUGGAUUGCUGAGGCGUUUGAAGAUGCGACGGACGGGAGGAGGGCUGAUGAGACGCCCAUGUACACACCUGCUGUUACUGCUACGCCGAGGAGACCACGAGAAAAAGGAAGCGAUUAUUUCGGUACAGUGGGUUUACAAGAUGCUAUUGAUGGCUUGACUUCUCCGCAACAUCAACGGAAGAGACAUCAUCGGCGUACCAACACCGCGUCUUCGGCAGAGGAAGACAGGCCGUUGGAGAUGACGGUUUUAAAUAAGGGAAAGAAGAGUCCGCCACAGCAGAACGGGUCUGGUGUGCGAGGAAGUACAAGGGGGAGGACGAAGAAUGAUAGAGGGAGACGCAAGAGCUUGGUUAGUCUGGCGAGCGAAGAUGACUUGUUGGGCAGGAGAAUGAAGAGUUUGACUGGGGGGUUGGGAGGAAAUGGGGUGUCUGAAGUUAUUUGA